UUUUGCAUGAUGCCACAGGGAGUUGUAUGAUUACUCAUAUUGAUCUACAUAAAAUUCCACUCCCUUCAACAGAAUAUGCAAAUGAGCCCACAAUAAUGAAUCUACUCAGUGUGUGGUCAGUGGCACAGAGAGCAAGGAUUCCCAUCAGUACAGAUGCACAAACCAGGAUUGAUGUGCAUGAUGUGAAACAUAAAGAGCACUAAACUUUAUUGAAAAUCUCCGGAAACUUGAAAUCUUUUUUUAUCAUUUAUGCAUGGAACCUGAAUUCUUUGCCAACAGGUCUGAUGAUUUUUUUGAGAACAAACAUCUCUGUAAUAAAUCAGCAAACGUAUCUGGUAUGAGCGCACUCACCACCAGCACAUAUUUGUUAUAUAUUUUUAUUGGCUCUUUAUCAGUUCUUAUAAUGUGUGGAAACCUUCUUUUAAUAACCUCUAUCAUUUACUUCAAACAGCUCCACACUCCUACAAACUACCUCAUCCUGUCUCUCGCUGUAGCUGACCUGCUUGUUGGGCUUACAGUUUUGCCUUUUAGCACAGUACUGGCUGUGAGCUCUUGUUGGUAUCUUGAAGAUUUACUCUGUAAGAUACGAGGCAGCUUUGAUGUUUUUCUGUCCACAUCUUCUAUUUUAAACUUGUGCUUUAUUUCUGUUGACAGAUAUUAUGCAGUGUGUCAGCCUCUGAGGUACAGAACUAAAAUAAAUGUCCGUGUUAUUGUGAUCAUGAUCCUUGUGAGCUGGACUGCUCCAGCUCUAAAUGGAAUUAGCAUGACAUUUUUGGGAGUGAACAAAGGACAAUCUAACAGGUGUGUUUUAUUUCAGAAUUUAAGUUCAGCAAUUAUGGCAAUUGUUUUUGGGUUUUAUUUCCCAGCUAUUGUAAUGGUCACUAUCUACUUAAAGAUUCUGAUGGUGGCACAGAGACAGGCACACAGCAUCCACAACACAACCUGUCAGAGCACAAAGUCUGAAAUUAAGAAGGAGAGAAAGGCCACCAAAACUCUGGCUAUUGUAAUGGGAGUUUUUCUUAUGUGUUGGACUCCUUACUUUCUUUGUAUGACCUUUAACCCUUUGAGUAAUUACACAAUACCUGUUGCUGUGAUUGCAGCAUUUAAGUGGCUUGGAUGGUCAAAUUCAAUGCUCAAUCCAUUGGUCUAUGCUUUCUUUUACAGCUGGUUUCGAUCAGCUUUCAGAAUAAUAAUUUCUGGGAAAAUAUUUCAGGGGGAUUUUACGCAUUCUAAGCUCUUUUGACUCAUUAUUUGAAGCAUGGAAAUAUCAGUAACAUCCUCCUUAGUUUGGUACAUACCAUCUCUUUUGCACUGCAUGUCAUAUAUAUAGGCCUUCUUAGAAAAAGGUCACUGUACUAUCCAUAAAGUAUGUAUAUAACUUGUAAAAAAUCUAAAGUGUAUAUAUUUAGUUAUUGAUGCUGCAUCUGUUGAGUUCAUGAGUAUGUCAUUGAAUUUUUGUCUUUGUGAACAAAGCUUUAAACAGUAAGGAAUUAAUGAAUGGUGAAAUCAUCUUUCUCUUAGAUUAGUUUUCAGUUUCAUUCAAUCAGUCUAAAUAUUAAAUAAACUGGGUAAGCAGGGUAGCUGUAAAGUACUGAAUAAGACUUUUUCAUUUACAGAUUCUAAGAUUCAAAUCAAUUUACGUAGCAAAUUUAAGUUGUACAUUUUCCACAACACUAUGAAGAUAACAGUUUCACCAAACAAUAGCUAAUUUAAAAAGUGUCUGAGCAUUGUCUCUGUGUAUCCUGUUAAUGUAUUCAUGCAAUAAUAAUAAUAAUAAUUAUUAUUAUUAUUAUUAUUAUUAUUAACUAUUUACUGUGUCCACAGUAUGAACUGUAUAAUUUAAAAUGGACAUAGUCUCUGUGACAUCACCCAUAGGUUCCUGAAGCUCAAUGUGGUCGGCUGUGGCCAUCUUGGCAGUCUUUUCUCUGCCUAAUCCAAAAUUGUGUGUGUGGGAGUGUUUUUAUUUUUUUCAGUUUUCUAGCCAUGUUGCCUACUUGCAAGAAACAUGAACUUGGAAAUGUUGAGUUUUAUGUUAGAAAUAUAAAAUAUGGGUCCUCAACAUAUAGAAACUGCCGGAUGCUAACUUGCAAAUGUUGGGCAAUUAGCAUCAUUAGCAUUAGCACAUAAACACCUAUAUAGACACAAUUUUACAUAUGGUUUAUCAUUUAAUUAAGUUGAUCAAAUAAUUAACACAUCAACAGUUAAUGUAACUACCAACAGGUACUCUAUGUAGUGACCCUUCUCGCCAGCUUAAAUCCUUAGAACAGUCUUUAAAAUGGGCCAUAAAAAUGCACCCAGUGUCAAUGGCAAGAGGUUGGUCAAGGCCUUCUACUACUCCAAUGGCCAAAGAUUGAGCCUACCAUACAAGGACAACCACCAACCCCUUGGCCACAGCCUCAGCGAAGGAUGACAGACACAGUAGGGAGAUGAGGGGCCUAAGUGGCAGCAGACUUUCAAUUUUGGGGCGAUUCUUGCAGCACAAAGGAAACUAUCUAAAACUAGGUUAAAACUGACAUACACUGAUAGAGCUGCACCCACCAUACAGAUGCAGCUGCCAUCCUGUU